AUGUCGAGGUCAAGAAAUACCCAAACCGAAAACAGGGGUAGGAAAGAAACUACUCCUCUCCCGCCAUCCUCUUGGCAACCAACCAAGACUCGCCUACUGCCGUCGUUUCAGAAGAAGAAUCACAUCGGGAUGCAGAACAACAAGGAUCCAGCGUGCUGGUGGGAUGUUGCAAUUGAUCCUGAACAGACGACAAUAUCUCUUCUCGCAUGCGAAACUGGUCAAUUGCUAAGCGCCGCCGCCCCUUUCGCAUGCGCCGUGGGCAUGGUAGAAUCAAAGCUCUACGCUUUUGGCCGUCAGCAGAAUUCCCUAAGGCCAGAGACUUGUUCUUCUGUGAUCUCAGCGGCGCUCCUCAUCCUCAUCACAAUCUCAACAAUCGGCGGCUACCCUGCUGCGAUUUCACACCGAAUUAAGCCAGCUCCGGUCCUCAUUCCUUACCAGAACAAGAAGAUCUUUGUGAUUCCAACUUGUGCGGAUGUAUCAUAUCAUUAUGGAUGGUAA